UAUGGUUUUGACUGUCGGAGAUCUGCAUACUAACAAGAAUUUUAUUUUGAAAAUUGCAGUUUUGUUCGAAGGAAUUUUUGUAAUUUUUCUCUUCUGGCCAAAAUUCUUAACCUCUAUUACUGCGUGCGAGUUUUCUCAUCUAGUAAUCAUAACCACACUGCUGAUUACUUACAUGUUUUUUGAAUCAACUCCGAGAACGGAAAUAUGCCUACUUGGAGCUUCUUUGAUGAAACUUACGUUGGCGACAACUGUAUAUCUUUUUAUGACAAAAUCAGAAUUAAUGGACAGGAGAUUUUUCAUACACGUGUCAUUCAAUGGCCUUGCAAUAAUAAUUAUUAUCUUCGAUAUCUGGAUGAAUAUAAAGUUAUCCAUUCAAUAAAUCAGGAUCUUUAAAUAAAUAAUUUUUAAACAAGUUAACUUGGA